GGACUUUAUCUGGGAGAUAUUCUCAUUGUUUGUCAGAGCUCAUUACUGUUCUCUUUGUUACGAAAUGGUAGAAACACACUUGCAAUAACUAGCUUAGGGUGUAGGUUUGUGCAUUCUUGUCACAACUUAUUCUCCCAGCUCAAGAAAACAUUGUCGGAAAUGACUGACGAACAAGUGAGGAAAGCUACCGCCAAACAAAGCAACAAGAGCUGGGAUCACUAUGUAACUAUAUCACUCCCAAGUAAACUCGAUGAAAACAAAGCUCUUAACUUUAAUGUGCAUGUUUAUGACACUGGGCCGUAUGAGCCAAGUGCCAAGAACCCUGUUGUCGUUGCAGUUCAUGGAAUGCCUGGAACUGGUCAGGAUUUUACUUCACUUGCAAACAGCUUGCAUUCUAAAGGCAUCAGAUUGGUAGCACCUACAAGUUUAGGUAUGGAAAAAAGUCCAGUAGAUAUGAAGCAGCUUAAAGAGGUAGACUUUUCUACAAUGGGUCGCACUAAAGCUCUGAAACAUGUACUCAAUGCUUUAGACAUCAACAGGGUAGAUCUUGUGAUGGCUCAUAGUGCUGGGGCCUGGACACUCUAUGAAGUAGGAGCCAAGUGGGACAAUGUUGAUUCUUUGUUAGCUGUCAAUCCUGGAGGUGCUACUCCCAACAGAUGCAUUCGUCCGUAUAGCGCCUUGAAGUUUCUUGUUUCCAUAAUGAAUAAUUCAAUAGGUAGAUUUAUGUUGAAACCAUUUAUUCUAUCAGCUUAUAAAAUACAAGGUCUAAAAGAUGUGAAGUAUGGGGACCACCUCGUGGCGGCACAAAACUACGUAGUGAACCAGCAGUUUGAAAAUGUGCCCAAGAAUGCUGCUGAGAUACGAGCCAAGUCAUUACCUUUUGUCAUGAUGUAUGCAGAAAAUGACAAGUUGAUUGAAAGCAGCAUCUGUUCAGACAUGGCCUAUCAGCAACUGCGUAUUCCCAAAGACAAUACAGUUAGGUUCUCCAAAGACUCAAAACCAAAUAGGGACCCAAUUUUCGUUCCACCUGGAUGGCUCUGCAGAGUUUUGGUAUUUGCUCGAGGCGGCCAUGUUGUUUACUUGGCCUAUGAAGACGAGAUGGUCCAACAGAUACAGGACUUACUGAAACAUUCGGCGGUAAUGAAGAGAUAGUCAGGUUCAAAGCUUCCAUUUUAGGGAUAUUUAUUUAUUGUUUAUUGUACAACAACAUUAACUCAGGGAUAAUGUCAGUAUUUCAAAUUAUGUACAUGAUUAUUUUAGGGAAAGGAUUAUUGUAAUUUAUUAGCAAUUUUUCAACGUUUUAAAAGUUUUAUAUUCAGAGCAAGAAAUAAUGCAGUAAGAACAAUAACUCUAGUGAUUCUUUUUUUAAUUCCUUGUUUCUAUAAUCAGCAUUAGUUUGCUCCCAUGGCUGAGAUAAUUGUGUGUUGUUGUUUGUUUUUUUUGUAUUUUAAACUAUUUAUUUGGUUACAGAGCUGCUUAAGUUUUAUUUAAAAUUGUUUUUUUUUCUAUAAAUAAUAUUGAUAUGCAAAUUGGCUAUUUUUUUUGUAUUAGUCUGGGUUUGCCUGAUAUUUUGAUUCAGAUGUAAAGCUUCAUUAUAAAAAUAUACAUUCCCUAAGACAUUCUCAACAAAACAAAAAAAAAAAAGAAAAAGUUAAGAUGUAUGAUGUUUCUGCCGUGUUGUUCUUUUUCAAUCUUUUUUCUCCUCUACUUAUAAAAGUACCAGACGCUGAUGUUUAUUUAUUAGAAAUCAAAGGAAAAUAUUCUCAUUCAUAAAUGAAACAAGUUUUGUUGAAAUUUAUUCAAUUUUACAUAAUAAAGGUCAGUGCUUUACAGUUUUAA